AUGGAUGCGCGAAAGCACAAGAAGAAAAGCGAAGCGGAUAACGAUAACCAUUGGAAACACAAAGUGAGCCCAAGUGGUGACUACUACUUUAAAGUAAAACCCAAUAGCGAGGGAAGUACAGCAAAGGGGAGUAAUAAUGAUGGAGUAUGCUGCAAUGCUUGUUACAAACCACGAGGCAAGCGAUAUGACGUACCAAUGAGGUGGAUGGACAUAGACGGACUUUCCUGGAUGAUAGGCGAUGCAGGGCGCUUAAGCGCGAGAAAGCGCGCAAGAAACGCGAGUCUCUACAGCGUCCUGGAUUUGAACCAGCGUAGAUUCCGUGAUUAUAUUACGCCGUACGAGAUAGCAGAAUUCAAAGGAAUGCGCGAAAUGUGCAUACCACGUCUGUUGGGCUUUAGAAUCAUCGCUGGUCCAUUGUUUGAAUCCUCAACCUUGCGGAAAAUGUCGAAGACCUGA